CGGGAGCGAAGCGCGAAAAAACAAACCAGCAAAUGAUUCUUCCUCCAGCGUUCAAAAAAACACGAAUAAACGGCUAUUUUCUUAUGAUUGAUAUCGAUUUGGGGGUUAUUAUAUGAACUCGAAAUGACGGAAUUACUUUUUAACAAGAGGUUACAGGUCUUCGUGAAGAAUAAAGAUACCGAUGAGAGACGUUCAGUCAUUCGUAUAAGCAUUGAACUGCAGUCUUCAUCAAAUCCUGUUCAUAGAAAGGAUUUGGUUGUACGGUUGACGGAUGAUACUGAUCUUUAUUUUUUAUACAACCUUGUCAUAUCAGAAGAUGAUUUUCAGAGUUUAAAGGUACAACAAGGGCUUUUAAUAGACUUCACAUCAUUCCCGCAAAAAUUUAUCGACUUGCUCGAGCAGUGCAUCUCCGAACAGGACAAAGAAAACCCACGGUUUCUCUUGCAGCUCACGUCUGCUUCAUCGGCGUUUGAUCACAGUCCUUCGAACCUUAACAUCGUGGAGACGAACGCUUUUAAGCACCUCACACAUCUCUCUCUGAAACUGCUGCCGGGAUCUGAUACGGAUAUUAAGAAGUAUCUGGCCAUCUGUCUGUCCAGCGUUAAGGAGGAAAAGCAGGGGUUGGAACAAAAGCUGAGAAAGACCGAGGAAGAUCUGACCAGACAGCUAAAUUAUGCGCAGCAAACCCUGUCUGAGAAAAGUCGCGAGCUGGACAAACUGCGAUCUGAAUGGACGUCACAAACGACCUCUCUGUCCAGCAGACACAUGCAAGAUCUCACAGCUGAGCGAGAAAAAGCUCUCGAGACCCAAGCCCGUCUGCAGCAGCAGAACGAUCAGCUGCGUCAGGAGCUCGAGUCGUCUCAUCACAGAAGCACCCAGCAGCUCCAAACCAAAGUCUCCGAGCUGGAGACGGCCAACAGAGAGCUCACCGACAAGAAAUACAAGAGCGACUCCACCAUCCGAGACCUCAAAGCCAAGCUGGCCAGCCUGGAAGAGGAGUGUCAGCGGUCGAAGCAGCAGGUCCUGUCGCUCAGGAGAGAGAACGGCGCCCUCGAUGCCGAAUGCCACGAGAAAGAGCGCCUGGUGAACCAGCUGCAGACGCGAGUGGCCGUCUUCGAGCAGGAGAUCAAAGAUAAAGACCAGCUCGUGCUGCGCACCAAAGAAGUGCUGGAGGCCACGCAGCAGCAGAAGAACUCUGUGGAAGGAAAUGUUGAAAGCAAGCAGGUUCAGAUCGGCAAGCUGGAGGCCACGGUGAAGUCCCUGUCGGAGGAGCUCAUCAAGGCGAACGGCAUCAUCAAGAAGCUGCAGGGCGAUCUGAAGGCGCUGGUGGGGAAGAUCAAGGUGAAGAACAGCGUGACGGUGUCUCAGGAGAAGAUCCUGCAGGAGACCACCGAGCGACUGCAGCGGGAGCAGAGAGAGCUGCAGGACGCCCAACAACGGCUCCGGCAGAAAGAGGACGAGGUAAUAAAAGUGAAGGAACAGUUGGACGCUGCGGUUCAGAAACUGGACGAGAGCAGGGAAGUGUUAAAAACCAAUGAGAACGUUAUAACGUGGCUGAACAAGCAGCUGAAUGAGAACCAGCUCUCUCGGAAACAGGAAACGUUAGGAGUGUUCGAGACUCCCGCCGCGGCUCUGAGAACAGGAAGUGUUCCUCACAAUAUGCUUGAUAGCAAAGGCUUCCCCUCGUCUUUGGGACAGGGCUUCCCCAUCACCUCUACGAUUAACUCCAAAUAUCCUCUUCCUCUUUCCUGCGUGAGCUCAGGACCUCGCUCUGUCCUGUCAGCACACAAUCAGACGUCUGGACCAAAGGUCCAGUUUAACCCCAUGAGUGUGAAAUCUUCGUCAGCAGAUGUUAGUCCCACCGCUCUCUCCCAGCCCGCCCAUAAAGAGAACGGAGAACCUGUUGGUCUGGACUCCAAGUACUUUGAGAGAAGAGAUGACAGCAUUCCUCUCCGUGGCCUUCUACCCAGCAUGCAUCUCAACAGAGAAGUCCCUAAGCCUUUGAACACGGCUGGAGCGAAACCAACGGCGUCCGCGUAUUUCCCAGGAUGACCACGAGCAGCAGUUUAGACUCUAUUCACCACUACGUUGUGAGUAAACCAACGCCACCAAUGAGAUGGAAAUCCAUUGUAGAUCAUAUUCACGUUUGUUUAAUAUGUCUUCCAUUUAAAACAUUUUAUUUUUAAACUCGUUUCUCUACGCGUUUAACAUGGAAACCGGUUAUUGCCACAGAAUAAAAAAAAAACUGCAAUUUUACGAAAAAAGGCAUCUAGAAAGAAUUGCGGUUUUAAAUCUUGAGGUCCGAAUUGCGGUUGUUUUUAUAAUAUCAUCAACUUUUACUUUUUCUGUGACAGGAGUUCUGAGUUAUCCUGCGGUUCUGACUUUUAACUUGGAAUUCUGUUAAAUAUAAAUCUAAAACAUUGAAAGGUAAAAAGUCUUUUGUUAGUUUUUUUUACGUUUCAUAGUGGAAGCAACAAAAUGGUGGAAUAUAAACUCAGAAUCACAAGGAAAAAAGUAAAAAUUAUGAGCAGAGACAGUCGUUACCUUUAUUUUGCGGCGUAACGGGUUUCCAUAGUUGACGACGAGUUUUUUUGAGCGUUAGCAUGGAACUAAUUUAUCAGUAAUAAUGGUGCUAAGUUUUUGUCCUUUAAGUCUGUCUCCUCGGUUGAUCGCGCUGCGCAAAGACCAUCUCGAACGAACUUUUGCCAAACUUUUAGAGAGACAGUGUGGUUUGCUGUGUAAAACUGUAUAUAAUUUAUUGUGUGUACAUUUCUAUAUUUUUGUAUUUAUGGUUAACUAUAAUAAACUUUGUAAUCUGUUUUAUCGUGGA